CUCGCGAUGAUAAUGCCUCUGUCAUACGGGAGGUAACGUCAGCGGCUGCUCUGGUGUUACAGAUCAUUUGUGAUUCAGAUUCAAUCAUUUUCUCUUAUGGGUUCAUAAGCAACACCCUGUGACCAAACACCUUCUGACCUUUGGAGGAAGCUCACUGUCAGGCACAAGGUUGUUUUUUUUGCUCCAGAGAGGAGGUGAACUGUUUUCUGGUGGAGCUUACCCCCAGGGAGGAGAAUGAUAACGCAGGUGUUGAUCGGGAUUCUGUCUGGCGCUGCCAUCCUGACCGCAGGUAUCCUGAUCGGCCACUACGGUAUCAGCCAAAGUAGCAGCGGCGCGCCGCCGUCCUGGCUGAAGGACGUGGCGAAGGAUGUGGACGAGAGUCUCAUUGAGAAGUUCCUGUCUGAGGUGGACAACAUCCAGAUUCAGGAAAACUUGAGGGAGUUAACAAAAGUGCCUCACAUGGCCACCACGGCCGGAGAUGAGCAGACGGUGCAGUUCAUGCUAAAGAGAUGGCAAGACCCCGAAACCGGCCUGGACCAGGCCUGGAGAGAAGAAUACAUGGUCUACCUGUCCUUCCCCGACCCCAAGAACCCCAACAAGGUCACUGUAGUGAGCCCGUCGGACACUGUGCUGCACACCGCCAGAGAGAAAGAGAAGAGUUACACUCCGGACCAAGAUGAUCCGGAGGUGGUUCAGCCGUACGCUGCGUACUCCCCCGCAGGACACGCAAAGGGGAAACUGGUUUAUGCCAACCAAGGGAAACCGAGCGACUACCAGCUGCUGAACCAGACGAUCGACCUGAGAGGAACCGUCGCCAUCACCAGAUAUGGUGGCGCAGGAAGGGCAGCUAAAGCCAUCAACGCAGCACCCUACGGUGUCCUGGGUGUGCUUGUCUACACGGACCCGCUGGACAUCAACGACGGUCUCAUGUCAGACAUCGAUGAGACGUACCCCCACUCCUGGUACCUGCCGCCCUCCGGGGUGGAGAGGGGAUCUUUCAACACUCACUAUGGAGACUUGCUCACACCCUACCUGGCUGCCAAAGAGGAAACCUACAGAAUUCCAGCGGAGAACAUCACAGGAAUCCCCCCUAUUCCGAUUCAACCAAUCGGAUUUGAGGACGCCUACACAUUAAUCUGUGAGCUGGGGGGAGAGGCGGCUCCGGCUGCGUGGCAGGGAGCCUUCAACUGCACCUACAACUUUGGCGGGCCGGGAUUCAAGAGUACAUCAUAUUUCAACAACAGUGACGUGAAGCUGGACAUCUUCAACCACGAAGAGGUGAAGAACUCCUCCAACGUGAUGGGCGUUAUCAGAGGGAGCGUCGAGCCAGACAGGUAUGUGAUCUACGGAAACCACCGGGACAGUUGGGUUCACGGCGCCAUCGACCCGAGCAGCGGCACGUCGGUCAUGCUGGAAUUGACCCGGGUGCUGGGCUCGCUGGUCCAACAGGGAAAAUGGAGGCCUCGCAGGUCCAUGAUCUUCGGGAGCUGGGGAGCGGAGGAGUUCGGCCUGAUUGGGUCCGCAGAAUACACGGAGCAAUACUUCGCCAAGCUCAGUGAACGCACCGUUGCGUACGUCAAUGUGGACAUAGCUGUUUUUGCCAACGCCACCCUCAGAGCUUCGGGGAUGCCAUCGGUGCAGAACAUCCUCUUCGCGGCGGCAAAACAGGUCGAUGCACCUGGACUGGACUCCACGUCGGUGUACGACAACUGGGUACGAUACGCCAAUAGGACAAGCCCCGCGCUGGGCAUCAUUCCCAGGGUGGGAUACCUGUCAGGUGCGGGGAGUGAUUACGCUGCCUUUGUCCAUUACCUUGGAAUCACUUCGAUGGACAUUUCAUACACAUAUGACAGGACGAAAACGAAUGCUCGCAUUUACCCUGCGUACCACACAGCGUACGACACCUUUGACUAUGCCUCAAGGUUCAUUGAUCCCGGGUUCGUCAGUCACCAAGCCAUUGCCAGGACGGCAGGGAACGUCCUGAUCCGAUUGGCCGACAGUCUGGUGCUGCCGUUAAACUGCAGUGACUAUGCUGAGAUUCUGGAGGACUACCUCGGCACUGCAAUGACCCUAUACGAACAUCAACUGAGAGCUAGGAAUAUAUCCAUGGAGCCAUUAAAACGCGCGGUUGCCAGCUUUCGCAGUGCUGCUGCUCACCUGGACCGGGUGAUCCGCACGUCAGACCUGGCAAAUGAAACACCACUGAAGGUGAGGAGGAUCAAUGACCAGCUCAUGCUGCUGGACCGAGCUUUCCUGGACCCUCUGGCCUUCCCAAACAAACAUGCAUACAGGCAUGUUAUCUGGGCCUCAAGUGACGCGGGCAAACCAACCUUCCCAGGUCUCGCUGACGCCUUUGCCACUGCUGAGUCAUCUGGUCAGUCGCGCCACUGGGACAAAGUGCACUACCACCUGUCAGUCCUGAGCCAGGCCAUCGAGGGCGCCGCCCACACGCUGGUUGACGUCAUUUAGACGAAGAGGAGGAACUGCACUUGCUCAGGGAUAUUCUUAAAAAACAACAUAUAUAUAUAUAUAUAUAUGUAUAUCUAAUGAGCACCAAUCAACUGGGCCAUAAUACAAAUAUUUAUGCAUCAUAUUAAGUGUGGUGAUUUAGCAAUCAAUGAACUUAGCUCAUCACCAAACUGUAACACGAGUGACGUCUUUUUCUUUGUCACUGGAUUAAAAUAUUAAGUUCGAAGA